AAAAAUCUAGAAUGACGAGUUUCUUUUGAAAAGUUCCUAGAAAAACAAUCCCAGGGUCUCUCUGUAUGAUGUAAUAUUGGUUAUAUUUUCAUUUCAUAUUUCUGUUCAGCAAUUUAUUUGAGAAGCAAACCUUCCAGAUUUCCCAGAUACCCUGCAGACAUACAAAUGUCAAUCUCCAACAUAUCCUUGCCAGUAAGAUUUGACUGGAGAGACAAGCAUGUUGUAACGCAAGUAAGAAACCAGCAGAUGUGUGGAGGCUGCUGGGCCUUCAGCGUGGUAGGUGCGGUGGAAUCUGCAUGUGCGAUCAAAGGGAAGCCUCUGGAAGACCUGAGUGUACAGCAGGUCAUUGAUUGUUCAUACAGCAAUUAUGGCUGCAAUGGAGGGUCUACACUCAAUGCUUUGAACUGGUUAAAUAAGAUGCAAGUAAAACUGGUGAGAGAUUCAGAAUACCCAUUUAAAGCACAAAACGGCCUGUGCCAAUAUUUUUCUGUUUCACAUUCUGGAUUUUCAAUCAAAGGUUAUUCUGCAUAUGACUUCAGUGACCAAGAAGAUGAAAUGGCAAAAGCACUUCUUACCUUUGGCCCUUUGGUAGUGAUAGUAGAUGCCGUGAGCUGGCAGGAUUAUCUGGGAGGCAUAAUACAGCAUCACUGCUCUAGUGGAGAAGCAAACCAUGCAGUUCUCAUAACUGGGUUUGAUAAAACAGGAAGUACGCCAUAUUGGAUAGUCCGAAACUCCUGGGGAAGGUCAUGGGGAGUGGAUGGCUAUGCCCAUGUAAAAAUGGGAGCUAAUAUUUGUGGUAUUGCAGAUUCUGUUUCUGCUGUAUUUGUGUGAUAAGUUGGGCAUAUCAAGAGACAGUUAUAAAAAUUAAGCUUUUUCUAAUGAAAUGUAAUAUAGUAUUUCAUUCUAAAGCAUCAUUCACCCUUAGGCUUCAACAACCAGCAACAGAAGUUUCCAGGGCCUUAUAGUAUUUGAACUUAGCUAUAGAGCAGUCCCCUCUUAUGGAAGGAUGGACAGCCAAAGUCAGCAGGAAGAACACCAGCACCCAUAACCCAGCAGGAACCUUUGGAACAGCUUACUGCUCUGGUCCAGUUUGGAGACAUUGUAGAUCUUUUCAGCUUAAAGAGUCAAUUAUUUUUUGUUUGCUCAUUUGUUGUCUUUCUUUCUUUUUUAAUGAGAAACUUUAGAUAGAUCAAGGAGGUAUUAAGAGUUUCUUUUCUUUUGUGGGAUUGCAGUCACCAGCAUUAGUUUACCCCAUGUGCAAAAAUGGCCAGCCUGAAAUUAUGUGUGCCUCUCACAAUUAUCUUAGCAGCCCCCAAGACAGAACACUGUAAGGAUUUUGAAAAAUCUGUUGCUUUACCUCAAGCCAAUGUUGCUAACCCCUUCAACUGUAGGGAGAUUAUGUGGAAGAAAGUAAAAGGGCAAAAUGGCUUCUUAAGAUAAUCAGUUAAACUCAUUGACAUUAAAUGACCAGUAUGGCAAUAAUGGGAUGAGGAACCCUAAUCAGCACUGCUUGAAAGACAAAGUGUUGUUCUGAAAUUUCGUCGUCGGUAGGAAGCCAAUAGAUUUUAUUUCUUCCCGUGUUCUUUCUGGAACCCUGGUGGCACAGCGGUUAAGAGCUUGGCU